AUGGGGUUCAGCUUGGAGCAACAGCAGCAUGUUGGCCAGUUUUCCAAGAGCACAACUUUAGGUUCCAACUUCAUUUUGCUGGAGUUGGUAGUAGGAAGUGCAUUGACAGAUGGUUUUCCUGAUAAUUCACAUAAUCAUUUUGCAAGGUUUAUUCCGAUUUAUAGGGGACCAAGUCAUACAUACAAGAUACAAAGGCUGACAGAAUCCACUUGUUACUCAUUCAGAAUACAAGCCGUCAAUGAUGCUGGGGAAGGACCUUUCUCAGAAAUAUGUACCUUCUGCACAACUAAAUCGGUCCCACCCGCAAUCAAAGCCCCUCGAGUGACACAGCUGGGAGGAAAUGCUUGUGAAAUUACCUGGGAAAUGGUCCCACCCAUGAAGGGAGAUCCUGUUGGUUAUGUUCUGCAGGUACUGGUUGGAAGAGAAUCUGAAUACAAGCAGGUGUACAAGGGAGAGGAGACCACAUUCCACAUCUCAGGCCUUCAAGUCAACACAGACUAUCGGUUUCGCGUCUGCGUCUGCCGCCGGUGCUUGGAUACCUCACAGGAACUUAGUGGACCUUUCAGCCCAUCCGUUGCCUUUAUGCUUCAGCGAAAUGAGAUCAUGCUUGCAGGAGAAAUGGGAAGCAUAGAUGAUCCUAAGAUAAAGAGCAUGAUUCCUACUGAUGAACAGUUUGCAGCCCUCAUUGUUCUUGGCUUUGCAAGUUUGUCAAUUAUAUUCGCCUGUAUAUUACAAUACUUCUUUAUGAAGUAGAUAAUUCAGUGGAAGUUUGAGAUACAAAUUUAACUAAUGCUACGCAUUAUAAUCCACACAUUUAUUCAGAUACUCCUUUUUUUGAAAUCCUUUUGUUCUACCAUACAUUUUAUAUACUUCUCUUGUUUUUACAGUUCUAGCUUGAAGAAAGAUAAAUCAGUGUUUUGAUGCACCUUUUUGAAAUUCAAAACUAGGAAGUGGUCAAACUGGAGAAAUGAGCAAACCAGAUACAAAAAGCAAGAUAUUUUUUUUUUUCCUUCACGGUUUCAAAAUUGUCACCGAUCUGCCUUUUUGAUGUUGUUUUGGUUUUUUUCACUGAAGUUCGUACAGUCUCUUAUUUUAUCUUACUAUUUAGGAAAUUUUAAUCAUGAGUCACUUCUUUGUCUCUUCUUUUUCCUUCUAAACAUUAGUCACAAGUGUGUAUAGGGGUAAGACUAGAAUACAGUGUUAGUCAACAGUACCAGGUUUUCCGUGAACAGUAUUAGCAAUGUUGCCUAUGAAUUACUCACUACAUUUGCCCCAGUUUUUUCAAGAUAAAAGUUGUUAUUUUUAACUAUUUAGUGCAUUUAAAUCGGAACAAUAUCCUGCAGUCGAAAAACUUUUUUAAUUAUCUGUUAUUUUUACAGUUACAACACUAUAAACUGCCUGUAUAAGAAAUCAGAUAACCAAACUGCGUAUAAAUUAUGAAGCAUUAUAGAUUUUUUUUACCAUUUUGAUUCCUAGCAUUAUUUUUAAGUAAGAGGGCAUUGUGCAAUAGUUAGUUAUUCCCAUGUUCAGCUAUUUAAAAGCUGCUUUAACUUGUCUGUUUGUCACUGUAUAUAACUAUUCCUAAUCUAAUACUAGAUAUUAUUCUAUUAUGUUCAGCCUGAUUUAUAUGAUUGGAGCUGGUGACAGCUUACUGCCUCUACUGAAUUAGGUGAGAUUUACACUCAACGUAAGCAAACUUUGCUGUCAGUUGAUCUUUUUACUGUUACUGUUUUUUGGAGGGGUAUCCGUUUUAUGGAACUUUCUUGGAGGUAUCAGAAAUUCGAUCUGUUUAUUUUAAAUACCUUAAGUGGGCGUCUGCGCUGUUCUUACCCCAGGGCUAAUUGAAAUAACCUGGUACAGGGCAAAAUUCAGAGGAGAGCCCUGCAGAGGAAUAGCCCCUGCUCUGACGGGAGCGUCCCCCGCUCCUGCCUGCCCCUUCCCAGGCACGCGUUGCAAUCCGUCAGGAUA